AUGGAUCUGCUAUUUGAUUUGUCCCCAGACGAGCAGGAAGAAGAAGAUAAACUGAGAGUCGGGAAAUACGACGAAGAAGAUUGCAAAGCUGCCAUCCAGGGGAUCGGAAUUCCAAAGACUUUCGACGAGGAGGUUCAUCGACUGAGCACCAUUCGCGGCAUACGCCAUCACUAUGGCUUCGCCCAGGAGCUUCGGGGGACCAUGCCGGAAUUUACGCGUGCCUUGAACGCCCGGGAUAUUAUGAGUGGUGUAAUCCCGACCAUGGCGUCGCCUGAGGAGGUGCCUUACUGUAUCUGGUAUCCAGAUGUCCCGGCGGAGGAGACUCUGCGGGCUUUGGUGCGGCGAUACCCGGACAUGCUGUAUCAUGUCGCUCGGGCUUGUGCGGUUGCAGGUUACGCUACUUUGUACAUGGAGCUUGAUCCGGUUCCAGAGGUUCAUAUUGCCGAAGAGGCUGGCUACGCCAGCAUGCAGAGGGGCAGCAGCGGCAGUCAACAGAUCUAUCAGCAUAUUAUGUCUCAACGUGUGAAGUUUGAGAUCAUGAACGACUAUACACGGACAGUCAACAUCAAUGCGCGUCAAAUUGCAUCUCUAAAUGGGGAUACUGCUGUAUACGCGAGUCUUACUGCCAGAACCAAGGUCUAUGGGCCGCGCGAUUUCAAAAGUGAUCCCCCGCCAUGGAAUGAAUUCUGUCGCGAUCCCCCUUACUUCAAUAUUACGGAAGACUGGGGCAUAGAUGACCAUGACGACAAAGCCCCGGAGGCACCAGAGGAUUAUCUCCCAUUAGUGUAUAACCCUCUUCCUACAGACCUCCCCUUCAUCAACAAGGACAAACUCAUUUAUGUUGCCGCAUACAAUGGAGAAAUCGAUCGUUACGCACGGCUGCGACGACCGCACAUGCUUAAACAUGAAUGGGCCAUGGUUGUACAUGGUAUCUACCACAAUCCGAUCUUUGCCAAGUGGUGGAGUACGCAGAUCCCUGAGCACCCGCAAGAUAAGCAUGAGAUUAAUAUUCGGCGCGCGAUCAACGCCCGCCGGAUCAUGUCCAAUGAUCUGUCUUGGCUCACUCCCAAUACUCCUGGAAAGCUAUUGCCAGACCUCAUCUGGUUUCCAAAAGUCGCCGACGUGACGACUUAUGAGAAGCUCGCUCACAGGAGACCAGAUAUGUUUGAAGAAUGUCUACGGGCCUGCAUAGUGGCCGGGUAUACCUAUACGUGGGAUGCUCUGCUGCGCGCUGCACCUGAACUCUUCAAGGAACAGUUCGCCCACGACUCCAGCAAGCGCGGUCCCAAACUAGAAGACCCCAAGCUGUGGUGGCUGACCAAACAUGCUCGCCACGGGCUGUGGAUGGAAGCCACCGCCUCCCCGAACAAGCACUUUCAAACCGACAUUUUAGCAGCCGUACCUGACGCUGCUGAGAAGCUGGACGUAGCUCACCCCAAUAGCGACUGGUGGGGCGAUUAUUUCGUGGCGAGUGAGCUUUACCUCCCACAUCGGUCUCCGAUCAUCCGGCUGCAUGACCCGGUCCAACCUGGGGCGCGUGACGAAGGUCCUUAUGACGGAAUGAAUUGUGGCAUUGGCGAUGUCGACAUUGCUUUGUUUCUCGGUGAUGCCAUCUCAAUGGAGACCUGGAAAAGAGAAGUAUUGGAUGAAGGAUUCACAACGGCCUAUCUCGAGGAUGUGUGGGACAUGUUAGACACGAAGCAAAGUGAUUAG